CUAUUAUAAGCCUUGCUGGAAUCAUAGUAGUGUUUUAGCUACUGCCAGUAGCACUUCGGGUCGAUCUAUACAGUCACCGAUGUUUACCAUUGAAGCGAGCAUAUUGGGUAAGAAUAAUGCUGCUACCAAAUACAAAUUGGGUGACAAAUUCUCCGAACCCGAGGAUAUGGGAAGAGACUUCAAGUGGGUUAGGUCAAAUCAGAUUGGGUAUGUGAAUGAUGGCGGCGAAGAGGUUUGUCUAUCAUUCCUUCGUACUGGCAACAAUGACUAUAUCGGAGUCGAAACAAUGACUGGACGCCGGCCAUUAUGCGAAAAUACACCAGAGCGUUGGGAAACUUUUAUUGUAAAUGAAAGUGACGGUAACGCCGAGAAACCGGUUGUUUUGUUGAGAGACGCUACCAGUGGACAGUGCGCUUACCUGGCGACAGAUAGAGAGAACAGUAAAGAAGAGGAAAAAUACUAUCUUGGCCUAGGAGACUGUGAAGCUACUCACCGAGCUAAUCUAUUGUUGGCUCUAAAGAAUUCGGAAACUCCAAGCCCUUCCCCAAGUCCGUCCCAAUCGCCAGUGAAAGGUAGUGUAAGUCCAAGCCCAUCCCCAAGUCCAUAUAGACCGAUGCACCAGGUUUGCGAUUGUACGGAAGGCGUACUACUUAACAAUCGGUGCUAUGACACACUCAAGGAGGCGUUCGAUGACGCCACAGACGAUGCGACCAUACACAAUUCGAUUCGAGCAUCACACUUUAGGGACAUGCAUGCGCUGAUGGGUAACAGGGCCAAGAUCAUGGCUACAUCGAGCUUCGAAACACUGUCAGGAGCUAUGCUUAUGGCCACUAAUCCGGAUGAACAGAAUAUAGUUUUCAGGGAUUUGGAAAUUACCAGCGAAUCCGAGGGUCAGUACGUUGCUGCAUUCCAUUCUUUGAGCGAGUCUGUUUUUGAAGUCGAGGGUGGAAACCAAAAGGUGCAACUCGUCUGCAAUAACUUAUACAUACACGACAUGCAGAGCCAAGAGCCGGGUGUGGGCAUAUUUCUAAGCGGCACCAAUGAGUUGACAGUGGAUGACCAAUGCCUGUUGGAAAAUCUACUCACAACCACGACAGUUGGGGAUAAAUGGGCCGGAGGCCCAGCUAUUGCGGUUAUCUUUCUUCCUAAAUCAGGCACAAUCGAUAUUGACGGUCAAUUCAAGAACAAUCGAGCGUUUUUUCCUAGUCCGAGCACUAGACAUGCUGGCGGAGGUGCAAUCUAUUUCGACUGGAUGGCUGGCAGUGUAUCCAUUACGGCUCAGUUUAGCGGUAACCAAGCAAAUCAGGGUGGCGCAAUUCAGAUACCGGCCAUAAUAAACGAUUUUUUCUUCGAUAACGGAAUUUAUACAAAUAACACAGCCGCCGACGAAGGCAACGGUGCAAGGUUUGGAGCUCUGGGUUGUAUCAAGCUUUAUAGUGGCGCUUCUUUCGUACUUAAUGGUUAUUAUAUCGACAACCUUUCCGAAGGUCGAGGUGGUGCCGUAGGCACAAACAUACAUCAGAGCGACAGUCUGUUUGCAAUACAAGGUACCUUUAAAAACAAUAGAGCCCUCAACGAUGGGGGUGUUUGGGGACGGUGGCCCAGCACGACUCUCAAAGGUG